AAGUAUUAAGUUCUGUGACUGCGUGAAAUGUCAGUGUAAUAUGUUGCGUUUGUAAAUAUAACCAUGUGCAAGCACGAACAAUAGUGGAGGGUAAUUAAUCCAUGGCAAUACAAGUUUUGCCGUGUGAUUUAUGAUUUAUAACAGUCGAAAGUUUUUAGACUGGGACUAGUCACCUGUGUUGAACAUGUAUAGAAAAACGGGAUAUAUAUUUGGUGCAAUUGCUGGUUCGUAUGCAGCGAUUUGUGGAUUGAAUCAAUAUAUGGAUGGUUAUAAUGAAACGCAAUUUAUUAAAGCUGUCACAGCACAAAACUUGCGGAAAGACGCAGAAAAUAUAUUUCCACGAAACCCAUCAUCUACCAGCACUACAGAUUACGGGAAACAAAAUUUAUCCAUAAAUCAGGCUAUUGUAAAAGCCAGAGAUCUUGCGUAUAGAAUGAAGGACGAAGUUGGUGCACCGGGCCUAGUAAUAGGAGUCAGCAUCAACGGGAGAACUGUUUGGGCAGAAGCUUUAGGCAUGGCAGAUGUUGAGAACAGGGUGCCAUGUCACCCGGAUACAGUCAUGAGAAUUGCCAGCAUCAGCAAGAGCAUGACGAUGGCUGUAGUUGCGAAACUCUGGCAGGAUGGGAAAUUGGACUUGGAUAAACCGGUUCAGUAUUACGUGCCUUCAUUCCCUAAAAAGACAUUCAACAAAGAAGAGGUGACAAUCACUACGAGGCAGCUCGUGAGUCACCUUGCAGGUGUCAGGCACUACAAGAAGCCUCCUGCCAACAAUAAAACUAACAGCAAGCAAGUGAAGGAUAAGAAGAGCGAGGAAGCAAAUUCUGCAACAGCCGAGAAACCUGACGGUUCUACUGUUCAGGGUGAUUCAGGUGAGAAGGAGUUUUACAUCAGGGACAGAUUUGCAACCAUUCAAGAUGCAUUGAAGCUUUUCAAAGAUGAUGACCUCAUGUUCAAGCCAGGAACGUCAUUCUUGUACACGACUCAUGGGUGGACACUGAUAAGUGCUGUGGUGGAGGCAGUUGCCAGUGAACCGUUUACUGAAGUCAUGAGGAAAUUCUUUCAGGUGAUGGGCCUAAAGUACACCUACCUGGAUGAACCGGAGCCCCUCAUUUAUAAUCGCUCUCGGUACUACAGUAAAAAUGCAAGAGGUCGUCUGAACAAUGUGCCAUAUGUGGACGUCUCGCUCAAGUGGGCAGGGAGCGGUUUUCUAUCCACUGUGGGUGACCUGCUGCGCUUUGGGAAUGCCAUGCUGUACAGUUACCAGUGGCGAAAUGAACUGGAAAUGUUAUAUCCUCCUGGUUACUUGAAGGCCGAGACAAUGCAGGCUUUAUGGACUCCGCAGCCAGGGACAACUAGUAAGUGGGGUCGUUGCGACGGUUAUGGCAUGGGCUGGUUUGUUGUGCCAUCACUGCAAGAGCACGGAGGUGGUGAUAUUCAGAAAUUUAGUGUGGGGCACACUGGUGGUGCUGUUGGUGCGUCCAGUGUUUUGUUGAUUGUCCCAAAUACUGUACCUUAUCCUCCUUCUCCUGCAUCACCGGCUGCUGUCAUUUCAAAUGGUGAGUUAACCUCUCAUACCUCCUCAUCUCCAAACUCUUUGUCAGUGUUCUCUUCUUCAAAGCCCGUGGUUACUCAGAGUACAGAAAUCUGCAUCCCUUGCGGGGUGACUGUUGCUAUUAUAAUGAACCUACAAAAUGUGGGACUCCAGCACUUGGCAAUGGAUAUUGCAGCUCUGUUCCGUGAAACGCAAGUACCUGUUUCAUGAAAAUUUCUUAAUUUUAUUGGGGUUGCAGCUGGUAUGAAAAAUUACAGUGUUUAGCAUUUGGGCAUGGCAGCUGUCACAUCUAUAUGCAGUGUGAAAUUUGAGGGAAUGUGGUAACGAAAAGUAACAAUUUUAAAACUCAGAUACAAGAGAAAAACUCAGUAAUAUCAAUAAAUAUGACAUGUGCAUGUUAAAGCAGAAAGUAUGUUCAGAUACCCUAAAAUAUGGAUAACCACAAAUUAUCUUAUUUCAAACUCACAAACAAAGCUCUCAGUGUCGUGUAAAGGUAAAGAGGUAAGUUAUCUGCAUGAAGAUGAACCACGUCAAGAAAUAUUUGGGAUUGGAUGUGUAACACCAUGGAUUCUUAACCUUGGCAUUGAUGGUAAUACAUAGUCUGUAUUAUACUUACAUCACUUCACCCACUGUGAAAGCGUCUUCAGUACCUAUUUGAUAUGAAGUUAAGUUCCUUGUCUACUUUGCACGUGGUGGCAAAAAGAAGUACGUGAAGUCUCCAAGCUACAAACAGCACUGUUUCAUGUGUUCUUGUACCAGUAGGUUCUCUUUGUCUGUUUAUAUACUGGACAUAUAUAUUAACCUUUAUUAUAUGGGAAUAAAAAUUUAAAUUCCUGUACUAUAGGGCUUAUAGUCUGAUUUUGAACUUGGGUGAGGGGUUAAACUAUUAAGGAUGUUAUCAAUGAAAAAAUGAAAGUAAUUUGUGCUAAAAUAUUUUCAUAAAGGUUUAUGUAACAACAUAUGUUGUCAAACUCUAGAGUGAAUUUUUUUUACAAUUUUAAAAAUUAUUUCCAAAAAUUUUAAUAGAUUCUUGAACUAAACAAAAUAUUAUUUCAUACAAAUCCAUACAUACAGCAUUUACGCUUUUGGCAAUGUUUCCCUUUCAACAUUGUAAAAAAACCUUGAUGUAGAAAUUGAAAUUUUGUAGUCUGUAAUUUCUUCUUAUUGGUCGGGAAGCCUGAGGGGAAGAGACUGUUGGGGAGACCUAGAUGUAGUUGGGAGGAUAAUGUCAGGCAGGAUCUGUGGGAGAAAGAAGUUGAAAGCAACUGGAUUUUGUUGGCCCAGGACAGGGUCUGGUGAAGGGCUUUUGUAAAUUCGGUGAUGAACCUUUGGGUUCUGUAAGCCAUCUAGUUAGUUAGUAAUUUCUUCUUGGCUGGGCACACACAACAUAGCAAGCGCUAUCCUGUGCUUCCACUGCCUUGUGGGUAUUGUUUUCCUCUUGGGGUAGAUUGUUCCUGUUUCUAACUAAUUUUGGACCAAAGCCAAAUGAAAAUGGUGGUCUAUUUUGUUAGUAAUUUCUGAUGCCUUUAUUCAAUUCCAAUUUUUAUACAUGUUUUAACAUUAUGCUAUUCCAUAAUUGAAUCCAAGAACUUUAGCUUAAUGUAGCUAAUAAAAACAUGUUAACAACUGCCAAAGAUGUAGAAUAGUAAUGAUAUGCAAUACUGAAAAAAAUGUAGCUGAUGAUAAACUGUAUACCUGUACAUUUUAUUUGUAACUUUGCACUUUGUUGAAUUGUAAUUAAGAAGAAAAAUAAUGGUUAAUGAAGAAUUGUACAAAAGUGUUUGAAUACUGCAUAUAAUACAUAUAUAAGAAUAAUGAUGCUGCUGCAAGCACCAAAACAUAUCUAAUAAAAUAUAAACUGUCAAAAACACAGUA